GAAGAAAGCAACCAGGCUGAAAAGUCUGAUGAGUGCAAGCAGGCAAGAGCCAAAUGAUUUAAAACAUCUAAUGGACCAAAGUAAUAGACGUCCAAUGUUGAAAGUUCAAUAUUGCCUUUGUCGUUCGCUUUCUAGGGUGCCAUCGGGUGACGACAGUACCCUACUUGACACAUAUCAU